AUGAACAAGAAAGAUAAGAAAAUAUAAGAGAAGAAAGAAAAGGAAGCUAAGAGAUAAUAAUUGUUGGCUGCAUUGGCAAAAUCUUAAUUAACAUAAGAAUAGAUGAAUUAACUCAAUAGUAUAAAGGAUGCAACAAGUAGCAAAAGAGAUCGAAAACAUUCUGUAGGAAAUUAAAUAGAAGAAGAAGUGAUAAAUGAUAAUAAAGAAGAAGUUUAAUAGGAAAAUAAUAAUAUAUAACAAGUGAAUAUAUUUGAUACUGUUGUAUAUGAGAAUGAAAAUCCAAUAUAAAUUUAACAUCAUGAGUCUCAUUAAAAAAUGUCUGAAGCAGAACGAUUAGAAAUUAUGGCUAAAUAAUUAUUCCCAGAUAUUAGUUUAGAGUCAUUUGAUUAGAAAAGAAUUCCUAAAGGAUAAGUUUAAGCAUAACCAAGAGAAUUGAUAUCAGAAUAUGAUCCUGAAAAAGAUGAUAUUUAUGAUAUUGAUCCAUAAUCAAUUACAAAUUAUGAUAGUUUACUUACAGAUAUUAAUUCAUUUAAAAAUUAAUAAAUAAAUAGAGAUGAAAAUAUUAUUAAAUAAAGAGCAUAAUUACCUAUUUUAAUAUAAGAGAAUGAUAUUAUUGAUGCAAUUAAAGGCAAUUUAAUUACUUUAAUAUCAGGAGAAACAGGAUGUGGUAAGAGUACUUAAAUUCCUUAAUUUUUAUAUGAAGCAGGAUUCACUGAAUUUGGUGCAAUUGCAAUUACACAACCAAGAAGAUUGGCAGCAAUUUCUUUGGCAUAAAGAGUUAGAGAUGAAACUGGUUUUACUAUGGGAAAAGAGAUAUCAUAUUAAGUUAAACAUGAAUGUAGUGGAAUUGAUGUAGAUAAAAUGAAAAUGAAAGUAGAUUUUAUAUUUAAUUAUAGUUUAUGACUGAUGGUAUAUUAAUAAAUGAAAUGUAAACUAGUGUAAUGGUACCUUAGUAUUCUGUAAUUAUAAUUGAUGAAGCUCAUGAAAGAAAAGUAAAUAUAGACUUACUGAUUGGAGUAUUAUCAAGAGUUGUAAUUGCAAGAGCAAAAAUGAAUAAACCAUUAAGAUUAGUUAUUAUGAGUGCUACAUUAAGAUUAGAUGAUUUCUUAAAUAAUAAAUUAGUAUUUCCAAGAACACUCAAUUUAAUAAAAAUAUAAACUCGUCAAUAUCCAGUACAAAUAUAUUUCAAUAAAGUGUAAAUACCUGUAAUGAUUGUAGGACUAAAGAUGAUUACGUUUAGGCAGCUAUAGAGAAAUGUGUUAAAAUUCAUUAGACAUUACCUCCUGGAGAUGUUUUAGUAUUUUUGACUGGACAGAAAGAGAUCCAUUAAUGUUGUAGCAUAUUAAAUGAUAAAUUAAGAUAAGGAAUUAGAAAAUAAAAUAUAGAUUAAGAAUAUUCAAAUAGUGAAGAAGAAAAUUAAUAAUAAUUAAAUUAAUAAGAAAAUGAAGAAGAAUAAUUAUAAUAAUAAUAAUAAUAAUUAAAUGAUGAUAAGGCUGAUUAUUUAGAAUUAAAAAAUUUAGUUGGAACUGUAUAAAUGACAUAAAAUAAUGUAUUUAAAAUAGAUACAGAUUUAUCUGAUUAUGUUGUAGUUCCAUUAUAUUCUAAAUUAGAUCUUAAAAAUUAAUAAAUUAUAUUUCAUAAUAAUCCAACUAAAAAAAGGAUGUUUGUUAUUGCUACUAAUGUUGCAGAAACGUCAAUAACUAUACCAACUAUACGUUAUGUUGUUGAUGCUGGUAAAUAAAAAAGAAAAAUAACAGAUACUAAAAUUGGAUUAGAAAAACAUAUGAUUGGAUGGAUAUCUUAAGCAGCUGCUGAUUAAAGAAGUGGUAGAGCUGGUAGAACUGGUCCUGGUUAUUGUUAUAGAUUAUAUUCAACAGCUGUAUAUUCAAAUUAAUUUUAAAAAUUUGAUAAUCCAGAAAUCACUUAAAUUAGUUUAGAUCAUGUUAUUUUAUAAAUGAAAAGUAUAGGUAUCAAAGAUGUUUAUAAAUUUCCAUAUUUAACAAGUCCAGAUAUUAAAGCAAUAAAAGAAAGUCUUACUAAUUUAAUUAAAUUGGGAGCUAUGAAAAUAAAAUAAGAAACUAAUUCUGAUAAUUCAAACAUUACAUAAUUAGGUAUUAUAUUAUCUUAAAUACCAUUAAGUCCAAAAUAUGGUAAAUUUCUUCUUUAAACAAGAAUAAGAAAUUUAUUAUAAUAUGGAGUUUUAAUGGUAUGUAUAUUAAGUGUUGAAGAAAUAAUUAAUAAAUAAGUAUUUUAAGUUCAUACUUAAAUAUAAACUAAUGAUAAUGAUUAAGAUGAAAUCAAAUAAUUAGAAUAAGAAUAAAAAGAAUAACAAUAAUAAAUUAAAGAUUAAUUCUAAACAUAUAAAAAUUUAAAAUCCUUUAUAGAAAAGCAUGGUGAAGGAUAUAAAAUAAGUGAUUUAAUUUAUUUAAUGAAUAUUGUUGGAAUAGCAAUAUCAUAAAUUAAAGAUGAUUAAGAUAUCUAAUAUUAAAUUAAUUAAUUAUCAUAGCAAUAUCAUUUUAUUAGUAAGUCUUUUAAAGAAAUCUAUUAUAAUUUAUUAUAAAUUCUUGAAAUUUUGAAUUUAAUAGUGGAAGACAAAACAAUAGUAACUGAAUGUGUUUCUGCUAUUAAAUAGUAUUAAAAACCAUCAAGAGAAGCUCAACUUACAUUAGCUGAAUUAAUAGUUUAAACAAAUGGAUUACAUAAAAUAGCAAAAUUAUAAUGUAAAUUAGAUUAAGAAAAAAAUAUAAAUCGUUAUUAUUAUACAACUAGAGAAUAUGAAUAGGUUUAUAUACAUCCAACUAGUAUUUAUUAUGGAAAAUAGAACUGUGAAUAUAUAUCAUAUUGUUAACUCUUAACUUUUGGAGAAUAACAUUCAUAAAUCACAACUCCUAAAAUUUAUAUGGUAAAUCUAACUGAAGUACCAAAUAAGUCUAUUUUAUAUGAUUUAGAUACUCGAUCUAAUUAAUUAAAAAAACUUACUAUUUAUGAAAAUAGUGAAUAUUAUGAUUCAAAAAAUGAUAGAAUGAUGUGUAAAGGAAGUGCUGUAAUAGAAAAUUCUUGGGUUUUAGAAGACAUAGAAGUAAUUAUUAUUAUUAAUAUUCAAUAAUAGAUACCAUUCCCUAAAGAUUAAUUGGGAUUCUAUUCAAAAUUUGCAAGAGCUCUUUAUUCAGGAUAGAUAUUAUAAUUUUAUUAGAUACUCUAAAAAUAUUAUAAAUAUAAAAUAGCAGAUAUUAGAGAAUCAAAUAUGCAACCAUAUUCAUAAAAGAUAAUAAAAGCACUUAUGUUUAAUGAAAUAACAAAUAAGAAUGAUUUAAUUAAGAAAUGGUCUAAAGAUAAAUAGUAAUUAUGUAUUUAAAAAAUUAGAUUUCUACUAUAAGAAUGUCUUGACUUUGUAUAAGAAGCUUAUCAUUAACUCAUAAAGUCAAAAUGGCCACCAAUUGAAUGA